GGGAAAAACGACGAGGCUUUAUUCCGUUGUUUGUGAUUUUUGACCCGUUUCUGACUGAGCUCGUCUCGUUCAUGUGGAAACAUUUGGCCGGCUGGACGAACACCGUCUCCGCCGGUUUUACGCACAGACCGGGAGGCGCCGCGGUGCGUAAAACCCACCAACAUGCGCUCCUCCUCGGAGAGUUUCUACAACAUCACCGGCCACAACUGCACCGAGAGGCUCAACUUCACUCAGCCGGAGACCGGAGCCUCCACCGGGAACCUCACCGGGAGCAGCAACGACACCGACCCGUUCGGGCGCAACGAGGAGGUGGCGAAGCUGGAGAUCACUGUGCUGAGCGUGGCGUUCCUGGCGGCGGUGCUGGGGAACCUGAGCGUGCUGCUGGCCAUGUACCGGACCCGCCGGAAGCCGUCCCGGAUGCACCUGUUCAUGAAGCACCUGAGCCUGGCCGACCUGGUGGUGGCCUUCUUCCAGGUGCUGCCGCAGCUCUGCUGGGAGAUCACCUUCCGCUUCUACGGCCCGGACUUCCUGUGCCGCAUCGUGAAGCACCUGCAGGUCCUGGGGAUGUUCGCCUCCACCUACAUGAUGGUGAUGAUGACCGUGGACCGCUACAUCGCCAUCUGCCACCCUCUGCAGACCCUCCAGCAGCCCACGCAGCGCGCCUACCUGAUGAUCGGCUCCACGUGGGCGGUCAGCCUGGUGCUCAGCAGCCCGCAGUACUUCAUCUUCUCCCUCAGCGAGGUCCAGCCGGGAUCCGCCGUCUACGACUGCUGGGGCCACUUCCUGGAGCCGUGGGGGCUGCGCGCAUACAUCACCUGGAUCACGGCCGGGAUCUUCCUCGUGCCCGUGGCCGUGCUCGUGUUCUGCUACGGGUUGAUCUGCAGGACGAUCUGGAGGAACCUCAAGUACAAAACCCGGAGGAAGAGCGCGGCGGCGGAGAGCAGCAGGGCGGGGAUCCUGGGCAGGAACUCGGUGAGCAGCGUGGGCACCAUCUCCAGAGCCAAGCUGCGCACCGUCAAGAUGACCUUCGUGAUCGUGGUGGCCUACGUGGUCUGCUGGGCGCCGUUCUUCACCGUGCAGAUGUGGUCGGUGUGGGACGAGACGUUCUCCUGGCACGACUCUGAGAACACGACGGUGACGCUGACUGCGCUGCUGGCUAGCCUCAACAGUUGCUGCAAUCCCUGGAUAUACAUGAUCUUCAGUGGCCACCUGCUGUCGGACUUCGCCGGCAGCCUGCCCUGCUGCCAAAGGCUCAGAAACAAGUUCCACUACCAGGAUUCGGACAGCAGCAUCCGGCGGACGACGCUGCUGUCCCGCCUUCAGGGUCCGAGGCUUUCAGAACCCUUCAGAGACCAAAAUCCAAAUCCCAAAAACUGUCUGCAGGCAACACCUGCCUCCUGACAACAUCUGAAGACUGGUCCAAGGAAGGUAUGAUCUCAUCUGAGGGUCACACACAUACACUGAGUGGAAAGAUUUACUUCAUGGCAAGCUUCAGUGUCGGUUUCAUACGAAAAAUUGAUUUAUUAACUGACAAGAUGAAGAGUUUGGGGUCAGAUGGCGUCAAAACAAAUCCAUUACCUUUAGAUAUUAAGAAAAAUGUCUUGUUCUUUCAUCAGUCCACAUUUCCUUGAUCCAGUUUAAGUCAGGACACUGGGGAAACCAAUCUGAAACCUUAGUCCUAGCCUGAUUCAACCAUUUCUUUGCCAUUUUUGAUGUGUGUUUGGGAUCCUUGCCUUGUUAGAACACGGAACUGCGUACGAGACAUGAUACUGCCACCACCGUGCUUGAUGGUAGAUUUGUUUAUUGGGGGUAAAGGCCUCCUUCUCACCUCCAACAUUUCUGGUCAUUGGAGCGAACAUCUGAAAACAGGAUGGAGUAAGGUAUGAUCUCAUGUGAGGGCCACACCAACACUUUGUUUUCUUUGGUCUGAUCCAGAGUGGAAAGGUUUCCUUCAUGGCAGUGUUUGUUGUUGGGCUCACAGGAAAAACAAGAUUUAUUAGCUCCUGAGGCUGACACGGUGGAAACUUUGAGGGUCAGACAGCAUCAAAACAAAACCAGUACCUUAAGCUGUUACAAAAAUAUUAAGAAAAAUGUCUGAAUGUCAGCGUCUGGCUUUCAUAAGCCAGUUUCUGUUUUUAUGUACUAUACUCUGGUGUUAGGGGGUUGUUUCCUGAACCACAGGAGUAAAAACAGACACUUCACAGAGACAAUAAAGUACAGGUAGGUAUGAAUAAUAUGAAUGCUUCAAAUACAUAAUUCUGUGUAUUUGCUUGAAGAGCUGGUAUCAAUUUUAAUGUCUAAAGUGAGUUUACAAGCUUAAAUUUUGAGAAUUGAGGAUAAAUCUGCUGUUAUUCUGGAUUCUUCUUAUCAAAAAGGACCUGUUAAGUUUAUUUCCAUAUUUGUAUUUUUAUCCUGAGACACCACUAGAGGAGCUUUGCGUGAUUCACAGUUGAAAAAAUAUCCUGAUUUAUCUUAAACCGGCCCUUUAUGCAGUUUCUGAGCAGUUUUCGCUCCUGUGUCUUUAAAGCCCCCCUUCCUACACUGGAAAAAAUGCCCCUCUCAAAACAAGAAAAAAAAAAAACUUAUUUGAAGGAAGUUUUACCUUGAAAUAAGUGAAAAAAUCUGCCAAUAGAACAAGUGAAAAAUGGCUUGGUAGGACUUCUUGAAAUAAGAUAUGAUAUUUAGAAUAUUGAGAUCUUAAAAUUAGCUGGGAAAACUUAUUUUAAGCUCUGUUUUACCAGGAUUGUCAAGCUUAGGUGUCUUAAAAUAAGCCAGACGUGCUUAAAAAAAAAAAAAUAGCAGUUUUUCACUCAAAAAUAGAUUUUUGCUUUCAUGUAACCUCCUAAUUUGAGAUAUAUUAACCCUCCUGCUGUCUUCAUUUACAAGCACCAAAAAAUAUAAUUUCUUUGUCUGAAAAAAAAUCCAAAAAUUCUGCCAAAAAAUUCCCCAAAUUUCUGAAAAUUUGCAGACCCUUUGGGAAGAAAAUUCCAAUAAUUCCUUAAAAGUUUCCCUUAACAGUUUUAUUAAAAAAAAAAAAUCCCUCAAAUUUGGCAAGAAAAUUCUUUUAAAUAUUUUCAAAAAAUGAGUACAAAUCUUCCAAAAAAUCUUAAAAAUAUCUAAAGUGAUUCCAUAUAUAUCAGUAAAACUUCUAAUAUUUUCUUUAAGAACAUUCACAUAAAAAUCACCCAAAAUCCUGUGAAAUUCGCUGGAUUUUGGUUGAUUUUUUACGUGAAUGUUCUUAAGAAACAUUUUUAACAUUUCUUGUUUUCUACCAAAAAAAUGUUCAAAGAUUUCCCAAAAUUUUUGAAAAUGUGGACAUCAGAAGUUUCACUGUGAAAAUAUAUUUUUUUUUCCCACAUUUUCAAACUUUAAAACGGGUCAGUUUGACCUGCAGGACGACACGACAGGGUUAAACUUAUUUUGAGUUUUCUUGUAAAAUUCAACUCAAAACAAGAUAAUUUCAAGAUUGUUUGACUUAACAAGAUAUUUAAGAUGCAUUGUCUUAAAACAAGUCCCUCCAUCUGCUGAAAUGUCUCUUGUUAAGUGAAUUUAUCUUAAAUCAAGUGGGGUGAGACAUUUUGACUAAAAAUAAGACAAAUAGACUUGGUAAGAUUUUGAGUUUUUGCAGUGAAGAAGCCUACUUUCAUCUGAUUGGCUAAAAUCUGGAAGCCUCCAGUCAGCGUUCGUAAGCAACUUGGAACAGACUACCGAAUGGAGAAAACAGUCAUUGGUGCUUCAUGUUUUUAUUGUACACGGAACAAAAAUAUAAACAAAACUUGCACAUUGUCUUGUCUGGCUUUAAGAUUAAGAUAAAAAUUGGAUUUAUUUCCAUCGUUCGAUACGCCCACCAUCCACCCCAACCUCCUCACGCUAAAUGGGGUGCUUUAAUCCUUUAAAAAAAUAAAAUUAAAUCUAGCCAGUGAUCCUGUUAAAUGCUAUAAAGUGAUAAUUUGUCUGCAUUUUGUAUCUAUGAGAUUAUUGUUGUAGGUUGCUGCUCCCCCUAAUGGACAAAACAAUAACUGCAACUGUAAUUUUUUUUUUUGUCUGACCAGUAAACAGAACUCUGGUUUACAGGUUUUGUUGUUUCUUUUUGUGUCCAGCACACGUCAAACUAUCCAAAUAUAUACAGUCGUGAACUAAAAUUUACAUACACAUGUAAAGAGUGACUCUUACAAUUCCAGAUUUUGAUUCUUUGUCAUACGUUUUGCUUCUUUUGUAGAUUUAUUGAAGGUCUUCUGGAAAUAUGACAAAAAUAUACAUACAACAACUUGAAUUAUCAGUUUUGUAAAAAGUUGUGUUAGUCAAAUUUUCUUAGCUUUGUGACCUCUUAACUUCUCGUAAAAGAUUGACUACAGCUGGUGACUCUUUAGUGUCAGCAGCUUUGUUCAUGACUGUAUAUAUUUAAAUUUUUUAUUUAUUUAAAGCUUAAUCAACCUCUGCACAUCACCGAACCAUGGCUAAUGGGUGAAGCUAAAGAAAAUACUCGUACCGUUAAAUGUAGACGCAUAAAUUAAUCAAUUUAUCUGCAUGAAUAUAUAGGGCAUUAAAUCAAAUUCAACAUUUUAUCGGCACAUUUUCAGGUGAUGUGUUUUCUUGUUUCUGUGAUAGUAAAUGUUUUUGUGCACUUAAUCAUAAGUAAAGAAAAAAAACAAUUAUGAAACUACAGCAGCACUUAAAACACUCUGAUUUCACGUAUUUGUAGCUUAUAAUCUGUUCAUAAUUUUGAGAGCUGUCUUCAUAUAAUAGUUUUGGUUGUAAACAAACUGUCGAUGCCGGCGUCCACACAGCAGGGGGCGCUGCAGAGACCUGCUAAAGAUGCAUUGUAAUUCUGUCACUACACUUUGAAAGGUACUUGCUUUAGUAUUGAUUAUUUUUUUUUAGUCAAUAAAUGUUAAAAAAAAAUAGUAAAAAAGUUUACAUAUUCAUAACAUAUUCAGUUUACUGAUGUAGAAGACAAAAAAACCCAACAAACAUUUACGUUUGCGGAGCUCAAACUGUAAAAUUAAACUCAUCAGAGUCUCUCCUGUAUCCACAGCACAGUGUUGUUAUUUUUGUUUGUAAGUUUUAUGUUUAAAGCUGUAAAUAUUUUCAGUCAUAAUCGUGUUAUAUUAAUGUGAUUUUAAAAAUGCUAUAUUUGAUGUACGUUAAUGGUAAUUAAAAGUGCACUUUGUUCAGUAUAAGUAACUUCAACCUUAUAAAUAUAGAUGUUUUGAAAUAUUGUUGAUUUUUUUUAAAAAUUAGAGUCUGUACUGGUGUCUGUAAAGAUGUUUUGUCAAUGUAACGUAUUCUGUCUUCUAUGUAUUGUUCUAAUAUAUGCUGCACAUGUAAAGGAAGAUAAAAGAUGUUUCUUGGGA